AUGACAGCCUCUGACUCCAACCAGGUCCUGACAAAGCCUGAGGCGGUGGGCCGGAGGAGCGCGGAAACAGCGGACCGAGCCAGGCGUUCAAGGGGAAUGGCUGCAUCCAAGCCCGCGGACAGCGAUGCGAAGGAAUGGGAGCAGCUGGAGCCUGCGCAGAGAGACUUGUGCAAGGAUGGGCUGCUAGAGAACUGCAGGAGUUCAGCCUCAGUGGAAAAUCAAGAUCCCGAACAAGGCAUGAUCUCUCGGUUGGAAAAAGAAGAGCCAUCGUUGGAAAAGGUGAAAACAAACAACCCAAGUAGUCGGAACAAAAUAGCAAGGCCUGUAAAAACAGGAGCCAAUGCAGAAGUCCAACAAGAUGGUGAGCAGAUGAAGGAAAAGCAGAACUCUAAAAGCAAACUCAUUAAGGAAGCUACAUUCAAGAAGAAAAAUUCAGCUAGUAAGAAAAGCAGUGAGUAUGCUUUGUUAGAGGGAAAAAGUGUCAGUACAAAACAUCUUUCUUCAAAAAAAAGACAUCUUAAAUCUAAUUUGCAUGGAAAGAACUUGAAUCAGAAUUUAGAUUUACCUGAUCAGAUUAAAAACUCUACAAAAAAGAAACAUGAAAAACACAAGAAACCAUACAGCCACGCUGUAUCUGAUACAAAGAAAGAUGAAAUUUCAGCUAGAAAGAAAUGUGAGAAAAUACCCAACAAGUUAUCUGGGAAAGGUGAUAAAAAUCGGACUGGCAAGAAAUGUGAGAAAGUAUGCCAUCAUAACUCUUCCCAUACUAAGGAAGACAAAAUUCAGAUCGGAGAGAAACAGAAAUCAUCCAGCCGAAGUUCAUCUACUAAGCCUGACAAAGCUCCAGCCUCUGGGAAACCUUAUGAAUGUAGUCAGUGUGGGAAGAUCCUCAGCCAUAAACAAGGACUCAUUGACCAUCAAAGAACUCAUACCGGGGAGAAACCAUAUGAAUGUAACGAGUGUGGGAUAGCUUUUAGCCAAAAGUCCCACCUUGCUGUACAUCAAAGAACUCACACUGGGGAAAAACCAUAUGAGUGUGCUCAGUGUGGCAAAGCUCAUGGUCAUAAACACGCCCUUACUGACCAUCUAAGGAUUCACACUGGAGAAAAGCCCUAUGAGUGUAAUGAAUGUGGGAAAACUUUUAGACACAGCUCCAACCUUAUGCAACAUGUGAGAUCUCACACAGGUGAGAAGCCUUAUGAGUGUAAAGAAUGUGGCAAAUCCUUUAGAUACAACUCAUCUCUUACUGAGCACGUGAGAACACACACAGGCGAAAUACCGUAUGAAUGCAGUGAGUGCGGCAAAGCUUUUAAGUACAGCUCAUCCCUGACUAAACACAUGAGAAUUCACACAGGGGAGAAACCAUUUGAGUGUAAUGAGUGUGGGAAAACUUUUAGCAAAAAGUCCCACCUGGUUAUACAUCAAAGGACUCAUACAAAGGAGAAACCUUACAAAUGUACUGAGUGUGGAAAAGCCUUCGCACAUAGCUCGUCUCUUACUUACCAUAUGAGAACUCAUACAGGCGAUUGCCCCUUUGAAUGUAAGCAGUGUGGUAAGGCUUUUAAGCAAAUUGAAGGCCUUAAUCAACACCAGAGAGUUCAUACGGGGGAGAAACCCUAUGAAUGUGUUGAAUGUGGGAAAGCCUUUAGUCAAAAGUCACACCUCAUUGUUCAUCAGAGAACACACACAGGGGAGAAACCCUUUGAAUGCAAUGAAUGUGGUAAAGCUUUCCCUGCAAAGUCCCAGCUUGUUAUACACCAGAGAAGCCACACUGGAGAGAAACCCCAUGAAUGUAAUGAAUGUGGGAAAGCCUUCAAACAAAUUGCCUCUCUUGUCAAACAUAUGAAAAGUCACUCAGACUAGCAAUAUCAUGAGGGAAAUUAAUGUAGGAAGUCUGACAACUGACUGCUUUGGUCCUGUUUAACUUUAAAGAUGUUUUCAAUCUGAUGAAUAUUAGAAUAUUAGAAUAUCUGAUGAAUUUUUUUUUAGGAAAUCACUCCUUGUUAAACAUGAGAUAAUUUGAAUAUGGAUCUUUAUAUGAGAGCAUUGGAUGGUAAUAAAAUUUGAUUGAUCUUGAUCUUAAACCUUUACAGAAGAUACUGUAUUUUUACACUUGUUAUAAAUUAUCUCCAUACUUAGAUUAAACUUUAAAAAUUGUAAAUAAGGAGCCAAGGAGAUAUAUGAUCAGUAAAAUGCUUGUUAAGGAAAUAUAGGGACCUAAAUCCCAUCCUUAGAAUCCAGGUAAAAAGCUAGAUGUGGAGUGUACUUGCAAUCCCAGAAAUGGAAGAAUUGAUGAGGGAGAGUCCCUGAGACAACCUGGCCAGCCAGACUAGCCUAAUUCGCAAGCCCUAGGUCACAGGAAGAAACUUUGCUUUAAAAACAAGGUCCAGGGCUUGUGAGAAACAAUGCCCAAGGCUUACACAUGUGUACACACACGUGGCAAUGCACACACACAUUUGUGAAAUGGUAACUAAUUAGAGCCACAAACACGAAGCAGUUGAUGAACUUUUUAGAUAUUGUGUACUUACGUAGUAAAAUUAGUGUUUAAUUUGCACUUAGGCUUACUGCGUACUUACUGCCUUGUGAGAGACACAGCAUGGCCAGCUCCACUGGCGUCAUCUAGCUUUCUUUGUUAAUGUCCUUCAGCUUCUGAAUCAGUAUAAAACUUUGGUUUUUUUAGCUUGGAUUGGUUUGGUUUGAUUUGGUUUGGUGCUUUGUUGUUUGUUUUGUCUGAGACAACAUCUCACUGUGUAGUCCUGCCUAGCCUGGAACUUGCUUUGUAGACCAGGCUGGCCCUGACCUCAUAGAAAUGUGCCUGUCUUUGCCUCCCAAGUCUGGAAUUAAAAGCUUCAAUAGAAAACUUUAAGGGUUUUUGUCUAGAAAUUAAUAAGAGGUUAAUAAAAAGUGGAAAUACAGCUGAAAUGUGCUGGUAGUGAAUUAUACUUGUUAUAUUGUUAAAUAUGAAAAUAUAGAUUGUUGAACAGUAAAUAUAGUGUGUUUUCAUUGCAGACAAAAAGUGUGUGUAUUUGUCUUUGUCUUUUUCUGUCUUUUUCUGUCCACACAUAUACACACAUAAAUAUAUAUACAUAGAUAUAUGUAUGUAUAUCCAUAUAUUUAUAUAUGAACAGACUUGUUUUUUUAAUCUAGAAGAAAAUUAAUAAUGGCUACCACUAAACCCAGGAGUACAGGAUUGAGGUCGAACAUUUUUAUCAUGUAUACAUUAUAUUAAAAUACUUUUGUAUGUACAAAUUAACAGUUUAAAAGUACAACUGAGUCUAUUCCACAGUAUUUGACAAAGUGAUAUAUAAGUUCUCUGCUCCUUUGUGAACAGUGCAUUUGAAAUGCAUGGCAUUAAACCUUAAUACUGAGUUCACAAAGAUUUUCUUACUGAACAGAGGUUUUGCUAACUUAUUGGCUCCCAACUGUAACUGCUUUAUUUCUUUUGUUCGCUAUUAAAAAUUAAAGAUGACUUCUG